GUCUGAGGCGCAAGGACGGGGCCGCAGGGCUAACCCCGGCCUGGGGGACCCCGCCAUUGUCAAGUCCCCCAGUGACCGCAAGCAGUACAGGGAGAAGAGGCCAUGCAAGCAAAGCUAUGGACCACCUGUAGAAAUGUGGACAUCUAUGAGCAAAUUGCAUGGGGAAUGCAGGCAAAGGGAUGCAACAGGAAUCAAAAAUAGUGCUGAAGGAAGUGCAGCUGGCAUGCUACGAGACAAGGGAGGUCAAUAAUCAAUCUAGUGGUGAGCUGCUGAUCCGCUUUUAAAACAAACUGUGUGCCAUAUUUGACACAGGCCCCACCAGCACUCUGCAAACCACCGUGGAUACCUUGCAGGAGCCUGAGAUAUAGACCCCUGCCGUGAACAGGGAAGAGGAGGAGAGGGGGGAUGGGGGAGGGAGUCCAACCAUACAACAGAUCAAGACCUGUCUGAGACUCCACCAUGGUCUAGUCAGCCCUGGCAGCCAAAUAUGGAUGAGCCCAAUGAAGAGGAAGGGACCUUUGGGAAGAGAUGGAGGUACAACAAAUAGAGGUGGUAUCUGCGUUUCGUUCCCCCACUGAAUUGGACAUGGAGAGGGCCACGCGGAGCAGUUUGUUUAUGUACAGAAGAAUGUCCCUUGUAUCCUCCUGAGAGAUCUCAGUGAAACUUUCAUGGUGUUACUCCGCAAUCCUCUCCUGAAGGCUUCUAGGGAUGGCUGCCUUAUUUCUUCUUCUGCAGAAGAUACUUUCCCACACCUCACCAUGCAGCUGCCAUUGUGGCUUUGAGGGGUGCCCCUUGCACACCUGCAGAACACCUGAUCCUGAAGAGGAGAAAGAAGAGGAUUAGUUCAGCAAGAUCUUGCAAGCUAUUGCUGCUUCGGGUUCUGAAGAAAGGUCCUGGAGACCAGCGUGACACAUGUUAUGGAGAAUGAAAAAGGAGACGGGGAAGGCUAGGAUUCCCAGCAGGAAGGGGAAAGGGAGACGCACCAAGACAUAAUGGAGCUUCUCAGGCAGCAAACUCAAAUGCUGCAGGUGCUGGUUGACCUACAGGCCCCAAAAUCUGACUCCCCGCACUUUACAGUCCUUAGAGAGGUCUGUAGAAGCAGCCCUGACACUCCAAAGCAUAUCAUGUGGCAUCACAGGCCACAUCCUAAUCCCUAUAAUUCCUCAUUGUGUGACUGCAAAGAAAACCACUGCUUAACACACACCAUAUAGGUAUCUCACAUUACAAAAUGGCUUGUGUGCAUUACUGAUUUCGGAUGCAAAUAACAUGGAUAGUGUUCUUUCGGAAGAGUCUUCGGAAUGGGAGGAUAAUGAUGAGACCGAGAUUGAAACUGAUGAAGAUGAUGACUCGGGAGCAGAGAUGGAUGAGGACAAGGAAAAUUAUGAGGAUGAUGACAAUGAUGGAGAUGAUGAGGAGGAUCCCAAUAAUUCUGAUGAUAUGGAAAUGGAAGAACUAACAGGAAAGGAAGAAGCAAAGAAGGGAAAUGGUACAGAGAAGCUGUCUGCAGCUGCUCUUUGUGUUGCUGUUGGCAGUUUCUGUGAUCCUGAGGAUCUGCCUGGGUUGGCACAUUUUCUGGAGCACAUGGUAUUUAUGGGCAGUUUGAAGUAUCCAGAUGAGAAUGGGUUUGACGCUUUCCUGAAGAAACAUGGGGGCAGUGACAAUGCUUCAACUGACUGUGAACGGACAGUCUUCCAUUUUGAUAUCCAGCAGAAAUACUUCAAAGAAGCACUUGAUAGGUGGGCACAGUUCUUCAUUCACCCACUAAUGAUUAGGGAUGCUAUUGAUCGUGAAGUUGAGGCUGUCGAUAGUGAAUAUCAACUAGCAAGGCCCUCUGAUGCAAACAGGAGAGAGCUGCUACUUGGAAGCCUUGCCAGACCUGGGCAUCCAAUGAAAAAGUUUUUCUGGGGUAAUGCAGAGACACUAAAGCAUGAGCCUAAAAAGAGUAAUACUGAUAUCUACACCAGACUGAGGGAUUUUUGGCAGCACUAUUACUCUGCUCACUAUAUGAACCUAGUUGUCCAGUCUAAAGAAACUUUGGACACUUUGGAGAAGUGGGUGAAGGAAAUCUUUUCACAGAUUCCAAAUAAUGGUUUACCCAAACCAAACUUUGGCCAUCUGACACAGCCUUUUGACACACCCGAAUUUUACAAGCUUUACAGAGUUGUUCCAAUCAGAAAUGUUCAUUCACUGAGCAUUGCCUGGGGACUACCACCACAGGAGAGACAUUACCGGGUGAAGCCACUUCACUAUAUCUCCUGGCUGGUAGGACAUGAAGGCAAAGGCAGUGUUCUUUCCUUUCUUCGGAAAAAAUUUUGGGCUCUUGCGUUAUAUGGGGGAAAUGGUGAGACAGGAUUUGAACAGAACUCCACCUACUCUAUAUUCAGCAUUUCUGUGACUUUGACUGAUGAAGGUUACGAGCACUUCUAUGAGGUUGCACAUGUUGUAUUCCAGUAUCUGAAAAUGUUGCAGAAAAGAGGGCCAGAUAAAAGAAUUUGGGAAGAGAUUCAGAAGAUUGAAGCUAAUGAAUUUUAUUUCCAGGAUCAGGCUGAUCCAAUUGAUUAUGUUGAAAGUCUUUGUGAGAACAUACAUAUCUUUUGUAAGGAGGACUUUUUGACAGGUGAUCAGCUUCUGCUUGAAUACAAGCCUGAAAUCAUUGCUGAUGUCCUUAACCAGCUCUGCCCUGUGAGAGCAAACCUUGUUCUGUUGUCUGCUGCCAGUAAAAGAAAAUGUCAUCUAAAGGAGAGAUGGUUUGGGACACAGUACAGUGCGGAAGAUAUUGACAAAUAUUGGCGUGAUUUAUGGGCCAGUGACUUUCCAUUAAAUCAAGACUUGCACUUACCUGAAGAAAACAAAUAUAUAGCCACUGACUUCGCUCUGAAGGCAUCUGAUUGCCCUGAUACGAAGCACCCAGUCAGAAUUCUGAGCACACACCACGGCUGUGUGUGGUACAAGAAGGACAAUAAAUUCAAAAUCCCCAAAGCUUACAUACAUUUCCAUCUGAUCUCCCCACUGAUACAGCAGUCUGCAAAAAGUGUGGUACUUUUUGAGACUUUUGUAAAUAUCCUUUCUCACAACCUUGCUGAACCGGCAUAUGAAGCUGAUGUUGCUCAGUUGGAAUAUAAACUGGUAUCUGGAGAGCAUGGUUUGGUCAUUCGAGUAAAAGGAUUCAAUCAUAAACUACCUCUGCUAUUUCAGCUCAUCAUUGACCAGUUGUCUGACUUCAGUUUUACUCCAGCGGUUUUUGAGAUGAUAACAGAGCAGCUAAAAAAGACUUACUUUAAUAUUCUGAUCAAGCCAGAGAUGCUGGCCAAAGAUGUGCGUUCUUUAAUUUUGGAGCAUGGCAAGUGGUCUAUGAUAGAUAGAUACAGGAGAUUAAUGAAGGGCCUUUACACUGAGUCGCUCUCGUCCUUUGUUAAGGGCUUCAAAUCACAUCUAUAUGUGGAGGGGCUAGUGCAAGGAAACGUCACAAGCAGAGAAUCAAAGGAUUUUCUGAAUUAUGUUGUUCUAAAACUGCAGUUCCUUCCCUUGCCACACCCAUGUCCUGUUCAAUUUCGGGUGGUAGACCUGCCAAACACACACCUACUCUGCAAGGUGAAAACCCUUAACAGAGGUGAUGCCAACUCUGAAGUGACAGUGUAUUAUCAGUCUGGGGCUAGGAGUUUAAGAGAAUACACCCUUAUGGAGCUGCUUGUGAUGCACAUGGAGGAGCCUUGCUUCAACUUCCUGCGAACCAAGCAAACCCUUGGCUACCAUGUGUACCCUACAUGUAGAAAUACAUCUGGGAUUCUUGGGUUCUCUGUUACCGUAACCACACAAGCAACCAAGAACAACUCUGAAUUAGUUGACAAGAAAAUAGAAGAAUUUCUUUUGUACUUUGAGGGAAGAAUGAGGCUUUUAACUGAAAAAGCAUUCAGGACUCAGGUCAGUGCUCUAAUCCAUAUUAAAGAAUGUGAAGAUUCCUAUCUUGGAGAGGAGGUGGAUAGAAAUUGGAAUGAAAUAAUGACACAGCAAUAUCUUUUUGACAGACUUGCCCAUGAGGUUGAAGCACUACAAUCACUAACUAAGUCAGACCUAGUUGACUGGUUCCAAGCUCAUAGAGGCAAAGAGAGGAAAGCACUCAGUAUACAUGUGGUUGGAUUUGGUGAACAAGAAGGCGACUCAGAUGUUCAACAGUCCGUACUUGGUGAAAUGUAUCAACUCACAUUCUUACCCCCUUCCUCCUAUAUGAAGAAUACCAGUUACAUCAGGGACAUUAGAAAUUUCACAUUAAUGCUUAACCUCCUCCCUUACCACAAGAUAUUAAAAUAAAUUAUAGUUGUUUUCCCCUGCAUUUAAGUGUAGUUUAAGUAAUUUUCAGUUUGAGAACACUGUGAAUCAUUUAGCCUCACUAAAUAAAUGUGUAUUGUCAGCAGCGCUAGAUGAGUUCCUCCCUUAUUUUAAUGAAGAUUUGAAGCAUUGUACAUCCACUUUGCUCUCUCCCACUCCUCUGAAAUCUGAAACAAAUUUAUUUUUAACAGUUGUUAAUGGAAAGUAUAACUCCUGUCCCCAUUCUUAACAUACUUCAAGUCAUUUUCUCUCCCUUGUUUUUUAUUGUGUUCUUAUUGUGGUCAAUACAACAUGCUAUGUAAACUUAAAACAUUAAUAAUCUAGUCUUUAUAUUUUAGACACACUGUUUCAGAGAUCUCUUUGAACUCUUCAUUACUCUGCAAAGGCACUUGUAAGAGCCUUAAAGAGAUACUGCACCGUAUCAGCAAAUUUCCGUACUUAAAACUGGCCUUCAAACAGUUUUUUAACCAGUGGGCUAUCUCACAGUCCAGAAUAGCCUCCAUCUACUCUUGCACUAGCCACACACCCAACACAUCCUGGCACCAGUGGCUGCACAGGAGGGCAGCAUAGGACCAUCUGCGCUGCUGGAGCAAUUCCCCAGGGGGCAUUUUGGCCGCCAUUAUGCUAUGAGAGCAGCAUAAAGGGAUCAUAAUGGGACUUUGUGAAAUAAUUUUUAUCUGUGCAAAGGGAUUGCAAAGUAAAUGUAAAAUGCUACAGAUCAGAAUGGUAGCAUACUACAUUUACUUUGCAUAGGGGAGACUACACAAUGUGCCAGGCAGCAAAGAAACAAGCCCUAAGCAUUUAAAUCAUAGUUACAGCUUUAUUUUCUAGUUUCGAAAUGAUAGAAUGACUUAUCUGAUUUCAUGCCAUCUGUGGGAUUAGCAAAACCAGAGAGACUAAUAAACACCAAACAUGACAAAUUAAUAAUGCAGAAGUAAUGUGCAGACAAUUCAGGAGGACAGGCUGUUAAAGGCAGGGGACGAAUGACUGUCAUUGCUAACAGCUCAUAAAUAGACUGAUGUUAGCUCUAAUGCAGAUUGUCAUCCAAUUGUCUCAUUGUACAGUUGACUACAAAAAUUUUCACACUCCACCUAACCUUUUUAUUGUAGGUAACUCCCGACCAUCAAAACUCACUAUCCAUUACAUAAACCCAUUAGCCUUCCUCCUGCUGUUCAUCUUAUCAGCACUGAACUCACCGUUCAGAUCAGGUUCAGUGUUUAGACCAAAAUUAUACCCGGAAAUGCCAACAGUUUGAAGAGAGCUCUGGAUUAUAUGAGAAAAACUUAUAGGGUCAGAGAUUUUUCACUUAGCUGGCACUAAUUGUCUCUUUUUUGGGCGCACUUUCAGCAAAGGCCAGAGACUGAAUGAGUCGUGAAAUAGACUAUCACUUCAUCCCUAGAGGUGUUUCUUCCCCGUAGUAUAGGAAAGCUGUAAAUUUCAGUUGUAUAGCUCCACAUAAACCUGUGGUCCUUAGACAAGGAUGUGGAAAUACUGACCCAACCUGGAGUUAGGGAAAACAUUUUAGCUCCCACCUUUCCCCAAUGAUGUAUGAUCCAGCAAUAUAACUGGGUAAAUGUUGCCAUUUGUUCUGUCAAAUUACCAAGGAUAUUUGCUUCCGUAAAUAACUCUGACUCCUAUCUCAGUAUAAAUAUUGUUGCCUUAACAGCUCUUAAAAUGUU